AGAUGCUUCAUUUGUGCUAGUUUCAUUUUUCUCGUGUUGUUCGUCGUAUUCCCUCGCUACGAAAGAAACGCUACUUUCUCCUCCUUGCUGCCUUUCUUCCUUUCUCAUUCAGUUUCACUCUUCCUCUCAUGGCGUCUUAUACUUCUUAUUCUACUGCCUCUAUUCCUUUUUCUUUGACGAGUUCUCGUACCCUUCACAAUCCCAUUUUCCCUGUUUAUACCUCUCUUGGCCUACUUAACCCUACUCUAGCCGCCUCCUCUCCUUCUUUGCGGAUCCAAAAGAAGCUCAAGAGUCAAAACCCGUAUCUUCUUCCCAAGAUUCAAUGCGUCCGAGAAACCAAAGCAACACCAAUUACCAAAGACUUGUGGGAAACUUCGAUUUUGAACAGUGAAACCCCUGUCCUUGUUGAAUUCUAUGCAAAUUGGUGCGGUCCUUGCAGGAUGGUGCAUCGGCUAAUUGAUGAGAUUGCAACGGAAUAUGCUGGCAGAUUGAAAUGCUUUGUCCUCAACACGGACACUGAUCUGGAGAUUGCUGAGAGCUAUGAAAUUAAGGCUGUGCCAGUGGUUCUGUUGUUUAAGAAUGGCCAGAAAUGUGACGCUGUAAUCGGCACCAUGCCAAAGGAGUUUUAUGUGGCUGCCAUUGAGAGGUUGCUCAAGCCUUAAACAUGGUUCUGUGCUGCUGACGGAUUCCCUGUAAACUGGAAUAAUGCUUGCCCUUGCACGACGUGCAAUUUUUGGUUCAGUUUUUGAAUUAGAAAACUUCACUUUGUUCUUUGUAGUUUGUACAUAUAGUGCAUGCUUACUUCCGGAUAGGGUUAUGAGACACCUAUUCCUCUAAUCUCCUUCAGAGUAUUGCAUUCAACUUUUGUAGUUUUUGCAGUUGAACUUGAUCCUUGUUCUUCGGAUUUUUUUCUGCCGAAUUUAUUGGCCAAAUUUUCUCCUGAAUUUGAGUA